CAUGUAAUGAAUGUUAUUACAGCGGCGAGCAUCACAUCUGUGACCUCAGACCUUUCGUGUGUGUGUGUGUGUGUGAAAGAGUUAAUAUAAUGAUGAACGCGUCUCCUCUGAACGCACUUCUUUAGGACCAAACAUUUCCAGUUUGGAGACGCAGAUGUCACACGUGUUCAAUCAGCUGAUGGUGAUGUUUAAGGCAGACUUCGCCAGUGUCGAUGUUGAUCUGCGCUGCCUGGUGCAGUCGUUUUAGGACGAGCCGCUCUUCGCACGCAAGGCUUCAGCAGAAGCAUGAAUUGUGUAUGAAGACUUACGUAAUAGUGCAUCAGUGGAUCUGGGAUGGAGCUUGAAUAUUAGCUCUGGCACUUCGGGUUACUCUGCAAAAAAAACGGCUUGUGCAGUGUCUUAAAUGUUAAAUAAUAAAAUUCAAGCAAACUUUGUAAUUCAAAUAAAAAAACAAAAACAAGUGCCAGAUAAAAACAUCACAGACGGGCAUCUUUUUGUUUAUUUUUUGCCAUAUUUAAUUUUUUUUUGUUAACUGUCAAACAUUAGCCUUUCACUAAAGACCGCCUCGUAAGCGACUGCAUUGCAACAUGCAAAAAAAAAUUCAUAUCGGGAUGGUUAUUUGUUGCGUGUGAAAACGUUCUGCUUUUCUUCCAUCUUAAUUUAGUCUUGAUCCGUAACGUUGCUCCCAGCGCGGCGCUCUGAUGUAUGGAGGAGUCAAUUUCAGAUCAAUAGCUGACUGGAAAAGCGAUCAAAUGUCGUACAACUUUACCCAAUGCAUCUUUUGUCUCGUCAAUGGUGCAUUGAUUUCUUCGACCGAACCAAUUGCUUCUCUCCGCUCAGCAUCCAUCCCUCGUCCUCCGGCAGCACCAUGGACAGCACAGUUUCAGCCUACUCUGAGAAGCUGAGAGAGAUGUCGGUGUUAUCUCUCCUCUGCUCCUGCUUGUAUUCCCAGCCGCAUCCCAACACCUUCGGUCAGUUUGAAGACAUGGAGGUGAAGUCGCUGAAUAAGCGAGCUUCCGGCCAGGCUUUUGAGGUCAUCUUGAAGAGUCCGACUGAGCCGUCUCCGGAGAGACCCCAGACUCUGGCGCUGCCGCCCCAGAAGAAGGAGCCCUCUCUGGGGGAACUACAGAGGAGGCUGGAGGCCGCCGAGGAGAGGCGGAGGUCUCAGGAGAAGCAGGUGCUGAAGCAGCUGGCGGAGAAACGCGAGCGCGAGAAGGAGGUGCUCACCAAGGCCCAGGAGGUCAACAACAACUACAGCAAGAUGACAGAGGAGAAACUCCACCACAAGAUGGAGCUGAUCCAAGAAAACCGCAUGGCCCGUCUCAAUGCUCUCAAACAGCGCCUGAGAGAGAAGGAACUUCAUGCUGAAGAAGUCCGUAAGAACAAGGAACUUCACACUGAUCUCUCCGGCUAAAGGCACUGUUUGUCGCCAGAGCUGUGAGACGUCCAGUCACGGCUGCAUUGGGAGAAUAUCUCAUUCUCUGGCCACACUGUCUUACCAGGUCAUAUCAGACUCACCUUAUCAGUUUUCCUUAUCAAUAAACGCCUGAGCAUAUAACCGCAUUCCACAUACACGACAUGGACAGAAGUAUGUGUGCAUCCAGACAGAAGCAUGGGCAUUAAUAGGCAGUCUGUUCUUUAUAAAAGCUCUAGAUCUUCUUGGAGCCAUUAUUCCAGUUCAUCCCAAAUGAUAUUCAGAUCGUUCACAUUUCUUGAUGGACCUUGACUUGUGUGGUGUUCCUGGAUCAGCAACAUCUAUUGAUCCUAGAACAAGACGUCUUAUUAGUCUUAUCUAUAUCCCUGAAACCAACAUUUGUCAUAAAUUGUGGCUAAAAUCAAAAGCAAGUUGAUAACCUUGCUCAAGCGGUCACCUGCUUUGUCACGCUGAAACAAUCUCCGCAAUGUUACUGUAUGGAGCAGCAUUAAGAUUUAGAGUUACUUGACUAGCCAAAAUUGUAAAGAGGUGUUCACAUACUUUUGACCAUAAAGUUUAUCUGCCUGCUGACAAAAACAACUUGGACCAGUUUAAAGACUUGUUUUUAGAUUGGCAUUAGUGCUAUGUUACAUGCCACAAGCUGAUUAAGAGGGUUGCUGUUGCCCAUAGUCCAGCUAGAAAAGUGGCUGAACUAAAACCAGCGUGAAACAUAGCACAUUUGUAACCAGCACUGGCACAGUCUGGUCAUUUAGUCUGGUCUAGGUUGCUAUUUUGCAGGGUUUAAUCUCACAAAAACAAAAACCAUGGCUGUUUCCACAUUUCCACUGCACUUUAUUGGAUAUGAUUCAUUCACGUUGGUAGUUUAGAUACAUUUCAAGGGUCACUGACUCAGAUUUGUGGGUUUGUUUUUCAGUGACCCGAAAGAGAAAUGUCUAAGCUAUAUGCUGCUAACUGAUUACUGUAAACCAUUUAAAAUAAGAUUAAAGCAUAACAAAUUCGUAA